CUCUCUCUACUGUUUUGCAAAUUUGUAUGAUGACGAUGAUUAUUUUGCUUCCAUUAAAUUGUUUCCUUCGAAUUUUCCCUAUUUUCUCUUAUGAGUAUGCAUAUGGUUUUCAUGUUUUGAUUGUUGCGAAUAGAACUUGCUGAGAAAUUAAACAAGUGUUCUUUUUAAAAGAACAGAGAAUAUAUAUAUAUGUGUAUAUAUAUAUAUAUAUCCAAAACUGGACAAAUCUGUGAGAAUCGAGAAUAGAAUACAUCUGAAAAAAAAAAUUCGGAUGAAUUUCUCUCCCCCAAACCUUUGAAUACCACUUGUUUGAUUGGGUCAUGUUCCAAACAUUUAAGUGUGAAUACAAACAAUCAGAUUUUUUGAAAUUACUGGUUUAAGAAAUUAAGCAAUAGGGAAAUCCAAUAUGAAAAAACAUCAGAGACUCAGUGUUUUUUCUUUUCAUCUAUUCCCCCUCUUCAUGCAUGAACAACUGAAUUCCUACCAGUUUAUGCUGGAGCAUGUGAAUCUGCAUCAGCAUGGUUUCUACUUGGUGGAGUAGACCACUUUUCUUUUCUUUUUUUCUUUUUGUUGUUAAGUUUGCAUUCGGAUUAAUGGAAGCAACAAUCUCUUCCUUCUAGAUUUCAGCUUCCGACUUGUUACUUUGUAAAAUUAAAUUCGCUAUUUUCAUUCACAUAGAAUAGCAUACAUCUCUAGAAUAAGUCUAGAAUAUUACAAAUCUCUAAGGCUCGGACUAUUAUUAUUAUGUAUAUAUAUAUAUAUGUAAAUAUAGUCCAUAUAUAUAGCAACACGCUUCCUCCAACUUUGUGGUAUCAAAGAGACCAACUUGAGUUUGCACAAGAGAUUAUGAUCAUGAUAACAGGUCACUGAAAGUAACUGUACUAGAUGCAAAUAUAAACAUAUGUGCUACAGAGGUGGUAAACUUCGACACUGAAUUGCCUCACUACAAAACAAAGGGUGGUGUCUACCGGGAUCCAUCAGUCUAUGGGAGGAUUGUUUCACCAACAUUAAUGUGGGUAGAAGCACUGGACACUGUACUCGAAAGAUUAAAGAACACAAAUUUAGAUUUCAGUAAGAUUGUUGCUGUUUCGGGCAGUGCACAGCAACAUGGCAGUGUGUAUUGGAAGAAGGGGGUUUCGACUAUACUUGCAUCAUUGGAUUCAAAGAAACCAUUAGUAGAUCAACUCUCUGGUGCAUUCUCAGUAAAUGAAUCACCAAUCUGGAUGGACUGCAGCACUACAGUUCAGUGCCGAGCCAUUGAGAAGGUUGUUGGAGGUGCAUUAGAGUUAUCUAAGCUUACAGGAUCUUGUGCUCAUGAAAGAUAUGCAGGACCGCAGAUUAGGAAAAUAUUCGAGACACAGCCAGAAGUAUAUGAGAAUACAGAAAGGAUCUCACUGGUUAGUUCUUUCAUGGCUUCUCUACUUAUUGGAGAGUAUGCUUGCAUCGAUCACACUGAUGGAGCUGGAAUGAAUCUGAUGAAUAUUGAAUCAAGAGAGUGGUCUGAGAAAGCUUUGCAGGCUACAGCUCCAGACUUGGAGAGAAGACUUGGAAGAUUAGCGCCAGCAUAUGCUGUUUCUGGUUUAAUCUCUAAGUAUAAUGUGGAAAGAUACAACUUCAAUAGAGAUUGCCUCAUCAUUCAGUGGUCUGGAGACAACCCUAAUAGCUUAGCCGGGCUGACCCUCAACACACCUGGAGACAUAGCGAUAAGCCUUGGAACUAGUGAUACUUUGUUUGGAGUGGCUACCGAGCAUAAACCUAGCCUUGAAGGACACACUUUCCCUAGUCCAGUGGAUACAGAAAAUUAUAUGGUCAUGUUGGUCUAUAAAAAUGGCUCAUUAACGCGUGAAGAUAUUCGUAACAGGUAUGCAGAUCAUUCCUGGGAUGUCUUCAAUGCUUAUUUGCAACAAACGCCACCUCUAAACGGUGGAAAGAUGGGGUUUUACUACAAGGAGCAUGAAAUACUCCCACCUCUUCCAAUUGGCGAGCAUCGCUGCAUUCUUGAAAACUUCGCUAAUGUCUCUCUCUCCGGGCUCAAGGAGCGUUGGGUGACUGAGUUCGAUGCUCCAUCUGAGGUUCGAGCGCUUAUUGAGGGCCAGUUACUGUCGAUGCGUGCUCAUGCAGCGCGACUCGGAUUGCCUUCUCCUCCGAGGCGAAUAGUGGCUACCGGUGGAGCGUCUGCAAAUGAAUGCAUCCUGAGCUUGAUGGCUUCCAUUUUCGGUUGUGAUGUAUAUACUGUUCAAAGGCCAGAUUCGGCUUCUUUAGGGGCGGCACUGAGGGCUGCCCAUGGUUGGCUUUGCCACAAAAACGGAGCUUUUGUGCCCAUCGAAUCCUUGUAUAUGGACAAACUCGAGCAAACUUCUUUGAAUUGCAAGCUAUCCGCGCGCGCAGGUGAUCCACAGCUUGUUGCUAAGUACACUAUGCUAAUGAUAAAAAGAGCAGAAAUUGAAAAUGACUUGGUUCGGAGACUCGGGCGAAGUUGAAACGAAACUAAAGUGGUGGUUUUGAUCAGUAAAGGUUUUUUCCCUAUCUUACUUUAGCCAUAAUACAUUGGUUGCAAUAAUAGGUCAUUCAUUAUAUCUUUGGGAGAAUGGUGUAAACAAUUACUAAAAUGUAUACUUGUCUUAAUUUGUCCAUCAAAAUCAUUAACUUAGUGUAUUUGAAAAUGAUGCACUAACUAUCGAUAUUCGCCUUAAUACAACAUUGAUGUUUUUUAAUACGAGAAUUAUUCAAACUGAAUGUCUACUCAAGUGUAAGUAUUCUACAGGCAAGGAG